AUGAAUAUUUUAUUAUCAUGUAGUUAAGAUAAAAAAGAAUUCAAUCAAAAAUAACAACUACAAUUAGAUAUCAAUAAAUAUACUCAAUAUCCUGAAACUCUCUCGCCCAUCUUUAUAUAAAUGACUGAUAAAAUAUUUACAAUUAAAGACAAGUACUUAGAUGCAUAGUAAGAAUCUCAAAUAUUACAACUCAUUAUUAAAGAACUUGCUAUUAAAGUAAUCACCCAUUUAUUUUAACUUUUAGAAAUACAAUCAUGAUGUACUUAUCGAAAUUGAAUCAGUGAUCAAUUUCUAAUCAAAUGAUAAAUCCAAUCUUAAUAUAUUUUAUUAUGUAUACUUAUGCUAACUUUAUAAAUAAAAGUCAAAAUCCUAAAUGAUCAAUAUCUAUGAAGAUCAAUUCAAGAAUUACAUACAUCAUUUAUCACAAAUUGAUUGGAAUCAAAACUUACUUAAUGCUCUUGUCAAAUGUGUUCUAUUAAAUCCAAUACUAUUUAGAAAUCAUUCAAAAUAAAUUCAAGAAUUAUGCAUUUCAAGAAGAUCAUAAACAUCAAUUCUUAAACUAUUAACUCAGUUAUAUGCUGUUCUCUAAUUUACAUAUUUGCAAAGCAAAUAAGGAAUCAAUUCCUAUCAAUCUUAAAUUGCUAAUACAAUUGAAUAAAUAUUUAAUGCUUAUUAUGUUCUUGCUACCUUAAUUGAUUUGGAUAAAGAAAAAUAGUCUUAUAAAAUAAUUGGCAAACUCACUCAUCCACUGAAGAAAUUAAAAUGA